AUGCAUUUAGAUAAUGGGUGUGGCAUAUCUGAAGUUGAUCUUGCUGUUAUUGGUAAACGAUAUUAUACUUCCAAAAUUUCGGAAUUUGAGGACAUUAGCACAAUCAACAGUUUUGGAUUCCGGGGUGAAGCCUUGAACUCGCUAUGCACUAUUUCCAAAGUUAGUCUCACAACCUGCACUAAAGAAACUAUGCCUUUGGGCUUUAAAUUGGAAUAUAAUUUGAGUGGAGAGGUUAUUCAAAAAAGUCGUAUUGCUCGUGCACCAGGUACAACCAUUCAGAUUACCAAUAUAUUCUCUCAACUUCCAGUACGAUUAUGCGAGUUUAAACGACAAAUCAAAAAGGAAUACAUAAAAUGCAUUGAAUGUGUGCAAGCAUACGCUCUAUCAAGUACUGGUGUUCGGAUCAAUUUUCUAAAUGUGUCUAGUAAAGGAUCCAAAAGCAAUAUACUUCAAACAAAAGGAUCUAACGUGUUACGAGAAAAUGUUAUUUCUGUAUUUGGUGCAGCGUUUUGUAAAUCUCUUUUGGAUAUUCGCUUUGAAUUUACCCACAAAAGUAAUACGAACGAUUCCUCUGUCAAGUUGGACAAAAUCACAGCAGAAACCUUCAAUUUAGAAGAAGCUCAUGCAUCACCAGUAGUGGUAUCUGGGCUUCUCUCCAAACCACAAUUGGGAUGUGGAAGAACAGGUCGCGAUCGACAGUUUAUUUUUGUCAACAGACGCCCUGUUGAUAUUGCAAAGGUAUCAAAGAGUAUCAAUGAUACAUAUCAUGAUUUUGUAACUACUCAAAAUCCUAUUUUUAUUCUAAAUAUUUCUGUGGAUCCAGGAUGGAUUGAUGUAAAUAUUUCACCUGAUAAACGACUACUUGCCAUUCUUAACGAAGCGGCUUUGAUUCAAGGGAUUCAAGAAGGAAUUCAAAGAUCACUUCGACCAUUGCGAGAAAUGUUUGAUCAUCCCAUUUCUUCAUCUCAAGGGAGAAGCUCGCAGGGAUCUAGCAUUGAAAGCUUUCCAAUUGGCAUUUCGACCAUCAAAACUCGGCCUAUUUCCAGAUUUGUUACAGAUCACUCUGAAAAUAUGCCUGACUGCAAUUUUCAAUCUAAAAGCGCCAUGGACUCGAUUGGUUCGUUAAUGCACCAGGACUAUAACGGACUAGUGCAAGUUAAUACGGACCAAUUGAGACGCCGAUUCAAAUCUAUGAAAACACUUACCAAAUUAUAUCCUCGCUCUCACAGGAUUCUGUUAAAUAGUAAACUAGCAGAGCCUACAUUUAUUCAAAAGUCUGAUUUUAAAUCCAUGACUGUUCUUGGUCAAUUUAAUCUUGGAUUUAUUCUUGCCUUGCAUGGAAAUAUGAUUUUUAUUAUUGAUCAGCACGCAAGUGAUGAAAAAUAUAGAUAUGAAACUUUGCAGCAGAUAGCCAUGACUACAUUUCAGCCUCUUGUACAAAAACUAGAACUGACACUUACCUAUCAACAAGAACGUUUGAUAUUACAGUGGAAACAAUCUCUCCGUGAGCGAGGAUUUGUUUUAGAACAGAUUGAGAAAGAUGGCCGUGACUAUUUUCAACUUAUAGCAGUGCCUCAUAUUCGAGAUCUUCACUUGGGAAUUGCAGAUUUAGAAGAAAUAUUAGCAAAACUAGGACCGGCUUCUGGGCAACGAGUUCCACAUUGCACGCGCACACUUAAAUACUUUGCAUCUAAAGCCUGUCGACAAGCAACAAUGAUUGGAGAUCCGCUAUCCUAUGCCAAGAUGUGUGCGAUAAUUGAGAACAUGGGACGUAUUGAGCAGCCCUGGAACUGUCCUCAUGGUCGUCCCACCAUGCGACUACUGGCAGUACUAUCGGAAUAAGUAUGAUAGGGAAGAUACAGCAAGUGCUGUCUGAUUUUUUGGCACAAU